AUGGCCUGGUUCGAAUACCAUUUGAAUGUUGUUGAACUGAACAAAUUCAACACGAUCUAUCUACUGCUGGUCGGCCUGCACGAGCACCAGAAUGAACCGAGCAUCAUCAUCAACACCUGCAAUGCCAUUUCAUCGAUGGUUGACGCUGAAGAGGAGUGCGCUUACGGUAUGACGCAGAAGAUAACUGAUGACGUCACGGCAAUUCCCUUCCUAGGCAGUUUGAUGCGGAUGCACAUAGAGAAAUACGAGGUGGUAAAGCAUUUGCAAGAUGAUAUUGUAUCGGAGAUGAAAUGUUCUGAGGUCUAUGAAGAUGUCAAUGACAUUAAGUAUGCCUACCUUGAUUUCUGGGACUUGAAACAAAUGUGUGACGUCAUCUUGGAUCGUAUAAACAAUCUCAAGCCUCUGACGCACAUCAGACUCAAACUAAAUAAUGGAGAAAAAAAUUUAAUAAAAGUUAAAAGGAGAAAUGAAAAUGUCUUCAAAGGUCAAUAA